UACCAUAGAGUUGCUCUGAAAACAGAAGAUAGAGGGAGUCUCGGAGCUCGCCAUCUCCAGCGAUCUCUACAUUGGGAAAAAACAUGGAGUCAGCUCCGGCAGCCCCCGACCCCGCCGCCAGCGAGCCGGGCAGCAGCGGCGCGGACGCGGCCGCCGGCGCCAGGGAGACCCCGCUGAACCAGGAAUCCGCCCGCAAGAGCGAGCCGCCCGCCCCGGUGCGCAGACAGAGCUAUUCCAGCACCAGCAGAGGUGACUUUACAGUCUCCAGACACAGACAGUUCUCUCCGAAGUGGAGUGAAGGAAGGAGCACCCACAAGCUAAAGGCAAUGAAAGAGGAAAAGUUGACACUUUGAGAAGUUAUGACGAACUUGUCGAGAAUGCCAAUUGACAAAGGCAGUUUUAAAGAAACCUGAAGAAAUGGACAAUGACGGAGAAAAGCCGACCAGAUGUGAUUCUCCCCUUCCUGAAGCAGAGAGGCCUGUCUCAUCCCACAUGAUCGAUGCUGGUCCUGGGGAAGACUGACUGUAGAGAAGCGAAUGGAUUUCCAACAUACAAAUCACAGAAAAAACAAGGGUAUAUUUAGCAAGUCGCAAACCUCUUCAAUAAACUGCGUUGCUUUUCAUUUGCACUGUAUGGUCAUAAAGCCAGUGGAUGGUGAGAAGGCCG